UCGCUAGCAGAGGGAAGCGUCGCCUCUUCGACCCUAAAAAAGCUCCGGAGCUCUGCGGGGAAGUAAUGAGGUAGAGACCCGGACAGAUAACCUCACCAGCCCCGCUUGGAAAACACCGACAGCCCCGCCGCCAACAUGGACGGGAAGUUCGAGGACAUAGACUCCGAGGGCCGGUGGCAGAAACUCUACUUAGAAAUCAGGAAUCAGUCCCACGAGUGCGCCUACAAGGUGGCGAAGUAUCCAGAGAAUCGCAACCGGAACAGAUACAGAGAUGUCAGUCCAUUCGAUCACAGUCGGGUGAAGCUGGAGAACACAGAGAAUGACUACAUCAAUGCAAGCCUGGUGCGGAUGGAGGAGGCCCAGAGAAGUUACAUAUUGAGCCAGGGCCCACUCCGAAACACUUGUGGCCAUUUUUGGCUCAUGAUCUGGCAGCAGAAGUCGAAGGCGAUCAUCAUGCUCAACAGGGUCAUAGAGAAAGGCUCAGAAAAGUGUGCUCAGUACUGGCCCACAUCUGAGGAGAGGGAGAUGGCCUUCAGAGACACACGCUUCGUGGUCAAGCUGUUGUCAGAGGAUACCAAGUCUUACUACACCACCAGAGUGUUGGAGCUGCAGAAUAUUAAUACGGGGGAGAAGAGAGAGAUCUACCACUUUCAUUACACCACAUGGCCUGAUUUCGGUGUUCCAGAAUCCCCGGCGUCCUUCCUAAACUUCCUUUUCAAGGUGCGGGAGUCGAGAGCGCUGGGUGCCGACCACGGGCCGGCUGUGGUGCACUGCAGCGCCGGAAUCGGACGGUCAGGGACGUUUUUAUUAGUGGACACAUCUCUGGUCCUGAUGGACAAGAGGAAAGACUCGUCAUCAGUGGACAUCAAAAGCAUCCUGUUGGACAUGAGGAAGUACCGCAUGGGCCUGAUCCAGACCCCUGACCAGCUACGCUUCUCCUACAUGGCCGUGCUUGAGGGAGCCAAGUGCAUUAUGGGAGACUCCUCCGUACAGAACCGAUGGCGUGAGUUGUCCAGAGAAGACCAGGAGCCGUCGCCAGAGUCUCGGCUCUCCGCUCAGCCUCCGGCCAAAUGUCCGACGGAGCGACUCAACGGCAGCCAACGAGGGGGUCUGCUGGACGAAGGAGGGGACUACAGGCAGGACGCCAAAGUACCUGCACAGUCCCCCCCCAAGGAACAGGAGCUGGACGGCAGCACAACACACAAGCGGCGCAGAGAAGACAGCAUCUCUAAAUCAGAAACGGCCAAGACACCCCAAAGCAAGCCCAGGACAAAUGAGUCCGAGAAGAAGAGAAAAAGGGCGAAAACCAGCGACUGCUAACCACCUGCACCUGUGGCCACGCGACUACAGCUCUGGCAGCAAAGCCUCCGUCGGCAGGGAACUCCAGCUCCCUCCUCUGAAGGAGCUCUGUCCUCCUCUUCCUCGACUCCAAACCACUCUUCCUCACCUCCACCUCGACAGCCAGCUCUCCUCUCUCUUUUUUUCCCAUCGCUUUCGUGUGUCAGCCCAACAGCAUUAUUCAACAUGUCCCUCCCACAUCCUCCUCACAGCUUUCCCAUAACUACUCCUCCUCCUCCUCCUCCUCUCAGAACUGUUUACAGCAGACACUUUAACAUUCUUUGAAGAGCGCACAUUCAAAAAAGACAAACACACCAGCCCCCAUGCUGCUCCCGGAGUCAGGAAAUCAUUAUUUUUGCUUUACUAUUUUUAUUUACAGCUUUGUCUCUCGCUAUCUUAAGCUUCUUUGCAAUGACAACAUUAGGACAGACAAUAGCAGUGGAUAUGCAUUGCCAAUUCUUAAUGGUGUUCAUAUGUGUAUUUUUAGUAAAACCUUUUUCAGAGACAAAAAUGAUAAAUGUUCUAUUUUUUAUAAGAGAUUACUUGAAGUUUUUCACAGUGAUGGGGGGGGAUGGGGGAUCGGUCAAACGACAAGCUCUGCCGCCUCCGCCCACAUGAGAAAUUCAGUGGCAUGUAAUGUUUUCACGAUGUACAUAGUGUUCUUUUUAAAAGAUGUGUGUAAAAAAAUACUUAUUUUGUUGCUUGUACAAAAACAAAAAGGCACACGACGAUGUCACAGAUUUGAAUACAGUAGAAAGAUGAUUUGAUGACUCGUUCUCCUUUUUAAAUGAAUUUGUCUUAAGCUUUUCUCUCUCUUAGAGUAAUCUAAAAAAAAUAAAACUGGUAUCAUCUAGUUUACGUAACAAA